AUGGAUAAAGCUCACCCCUUGAGUUCUCCAAUGAUUGUCCAAUCACUUGAUGUUAAUAAAGAUCCUUUUCGUCCUCAAGAAGAAGGCGAAGAAGUUCUUGGUCCUGAAGUACCAUAUCUUAGUGCAAUCGGUGCUCUAAUGUACCUUGCGAAUUGUACCAGACCUGAUAUAACAUUUGCAGUCAACUUACUAGCACGGUAUAGUUCUGCACCAACUCGAAGACAUUGGAAUGGGGUCAAACACAUUAUGCGUUAUCUUCGGGGAACGACUGAUAUGGGGUUGUUUUACUCAAGAAAAUCAAAGCCCCAGUUGAUCGGAUAUGCAGAUGCAGUUUAUCUUUCUGACCCGCAUACAGCCCAAUCACAAACAGGGUACUUGUUUACUUGUGGUAAUACUACUAUAUCAUGGCGAUCUAUGAAACAGACCAUGAUUGCAACUUCCUCAAAUCACUCUGAGAUACUUGCAAUUCAUGAAGCAGGUAAAGAGUGUGUUUAG